AUGCAUCUUUUUUCAUCAAUCAACCGAAAUUUAAUUUUAAUUGCAUCAUUGAUUUUAUUUUGUAAAAUUUCUUCUUAUCAAUUGGAUUUUGUGGGAGCUGUAAAGCUUUCACGUGAAUUCCACGAUUAUGAUGAUGAAAAUUUACGAAAUAAAUUAUUUAUUAAAAUUGUUAAGAAGGACGCGCAGCUCAUAGGGUUCACUGACAACUAUAACAAUAGUACCGAUGGUACAAAUUACGUAGCGGUGGUCAACGUUGUGGCAGUGAUUUUCGGUAAUUUCGACUUGGUCGCCUGUUCUUAUGUGAUAUAUUCGGCAUACAUAAAGGGUCGAAUGCAGUCUCUGUCGAUGUCAGAUCGUGUUCCGUUGUAUCUCAGCUUUUCGGACGUGUGUCAAUGUAAGAAAUCUUACCAUUUACAUCUUAUUCAUGCCAAACUUUAUUUACUCAAUGAUAAACAACCAUACGAUUCCUGGAUUUGGUUGCAAAGUGAUCGCUUAUUUGUUUUUCCUACAGAUGAACAUGGAUUUGAUUUUGAUGACAAGCAUCUCCGUGAUCACUUACCUGAGGGUUGUAAAACGCUCGAGAAUAUUAUUAGGAUCUUACGAUUGGAAAUUCUUUGUUUCGAUAACGCUCCUUUCUGUCGCGCUGUCGGCACCUUCGAUUGCAUCACUUUUGUGAUAACAUGUUUCUGUUAUAUACAAACAUUAUAUACCAUAUUCAACGUGGAUCGUGAAGAGAUGACUGAUUCUUCGGAACGAAUUGAUAGGUGGAAUAAAUUGGAGAGACAAGCAAUAAAAAAGAUCAUGAUUUAUAUUACCUUGUUCAUGAUGAAGUGGAUUCCGUUGAUGACCUUUGGUAUUGGGAUCAUGUCAGGCUAUGAAGAUAUUUGGAUAUUUAUUCUUUUUGUUAUUUCGUUUAACUUGGGAGGGAUUUGCAAUUGUAUACUAUACCUUAUGAACGGAGACAGUCCCGAACACAAUGACUCGGCUCCAGAACAAACCACAAACUCCACCGCGUCACUUUCACAAAAAACCAAUACUAACCAAUCGGAAGUAUGUCAGAUCACAUUGCCGCCAGAAGCAUAUAUACCCCAAACCCGUGAUUCCAUGGCGGACAGCGUUAUACUGAAUUUAGAAGAAAAAGUGUUACAAUAUCCUAGCGGCAGUAGUGAGCAAAAUUAUAAUUGUUCCAUGAUCGGUGAUGACGAGUCGAGCGGAAGCGACGACGACGAAAUUAGAGUUAUUGGCGUGGCAUGA